UCCGUUUCAGAGGCGGUGUACGCGUAUGCGUGUGCGUCGUAUCUAUGCCAACGGGUGGCAACAGAACCGUAGGACCUGUUGCUAGGAGACGGGAGGAAGCUCUUAUAUACUAUACGGUAAAACAGAGCGGACGGAGCUACGAGGGACAAAUAUGGCAUCCUCGACCCAGGACGACGGACUGCAGCUGGAAUUGGAGUCAGUCAUCGGGUUUAAUGGACAUGUGACCUCUGGGCUGAUCAGUCACCCGGACAGAGAACACCUGGUCUACCCCUUGGGGUGCACGGUCGUCAUUCAGAGCCUGAGUAAACAGAAGCAGCACUUCCUGCACGGUCACACCAACAACGUGUCCUGCCUGGCCGUCUCCAAGUCUGGGAAGUAUCUGGCAUCAGGACAAGUCACCUACAUGGGAUUCAAGGCAGAUAUUUUCCUUUGGGACUACACUAAAAGAGAGGCGUGCGGCAAGCUGAGUCUACACAAGGUCAAGGUGGAGGCCCUGGCCUUCUCCCCCAAUGACCACUACCUAGUGUCUCUCGGAGGGCAGGAUGACGGCAGUGUUGUCCUGUGGAAUGUGGCAACGAGAGAAGCCAUUUGUGGCAGCCCUGCUUCUUCCCUCAGUGUGGGACAUGCCCUGAUCGUGGCCUUCACCAACACGAGACAUGACGUCUUCAUAACAGGAGGAAA